AUGUGGCUAGUCGCCGGGUGGCUGCUGGUUGCAGCAGCAGGCUCGCAUAAGGCAGGAGCGGUGGGUGCGGGCGCGGGGGGGACGCCUGCCCGGUUGGCGCCGCGGUUCGUGUCGGAGCCGCCCGCGGUGGUGCGGUACGCGGCCGCCGCCGGCACGCAGCUGCGGUGCGCCGCCACCGGCGACCCGCCGCCUACCAUCACGUGGAUAACCGACGACAACUCACCGCUUGACGAUCGGCCGGGAAUCAGACGUGUGUACAACAACGGCACCCUGGAGGUGGCGCCGGCGCGCGAGGGCGAGGCGCGCGCUCUCGCCGCGGCGGUGGUGCGGUGCCGCGCCCACAACCUGCACGGGGUCGCGCUCUCCACCGAGGUCACGCUGCAUCCGGGCAAGUUGCACCAACACUUUUCACCGCUUCUUUAAGGGAAAAUUAUAUACAAUACAUCUACUCAAAAAACAUUGAUAUUUAUACGGAAUUGUUGAAAAACUCGUAUUACAAUAGCUAUUCCCACAAAAUCACUACCGAUGGUUAGACAGAAUAUUAGGUGAUCCCUUCUUUUUGCAUAAUAUUCUUAUUCCUAAUG